CAGAGGAGGGAAGGAGGAGAGACUGCUGAGGAGACAGGAGACAGUGGAGACCCUGAGACAACACGUCCCACGCUAGAGCCAGACACAGAGCCAGGAACUUUGAUUUGACGCCAAGUGAAGCGCGCGACGAGAAUGACGAUGAAGAGACAGAGUCACGCUUCUUCGCAGCGGGAGGUUUAGGUUGUUUUUUGGGGGUCGGGGCGUGUGCAACACAUAUGAUGAUGUCCUUGGACUCACGUGUUCAAUGAAGAUUUAUUUCUCGGUGAUUUCGCGCAUCGAUCGGCCGAUGGUGCCGCUCCGUUGUCCCCGCACUUAGGUCAUUCUGUGUGAAUGUGAAGGUGGUGCGACUGAGCGCAUUGUUUCCAGCUCCCGUUGCAUGUGUGGGAUUUCCAGCCACGAUGUCUGCAACAUUUCGCUCUUUGUUUCUGGUUCUACUCGGCCUACUGUCAGUGGGGGCCCAGACGGAGAUGAAGAAGGUUGUUGGGGACAAUGCCACCUUACCAUGCCACCACCAGUUCCAGUCGACCGGCUCUCUUGACAUUGAGUGGCUACUGCAGAAACCAAAGUCCAAACAGAAAGUGAUCAUUAACUUCUUUGGGGGCCAGGUAUACACCAACGAGGCGACAGGCAGUGAGGCCAGUCGUCUGUCCUUUGCAGGGGAAUAUCUGGGUGGAGACGCUUCCCUGCUGAUCAGUGACCUGCUGCUGACCGACUCUGGUGAAUACCACUGUAAAGUCAAGACAGGGGGGAAGUACCUCUGGUGCCAUGUCAACCUCAUUGUGCUGGUCAAGCCUUCCAAGCCAACGUGCCAGAUGGACGGCAAACCCCUGGAGGGCAGUGACGUCAAGCUGAGCUGCAAGUCCACCAAUGGUUCAGACCCUAUCAGCUACAAGUGGGAGCGAGUGCUGGGCAAAGGCAAGAGUCUGGGCAAACUGCCAAACCUGGCACUGAUAGAUCUGAAGAACCCAGAGAUUGUGACCCUCAGGAAUCUCACCAUGGACAGCACAGGUGUCUACAGGUGCACCGCCAGCAAUGACGUGGGAGAGGAGAACUGCACAAUAGAGGUCCCAAUGCAUGAGAGGGACAUGCAGGUCGCAGGUGCAGUGGCGGGAAUCUCCCUCGGUCUCCUCAUCCUCGGUGUUGUCAUAUUAAUCAUCUGGCUCUACCUCCGGAAGAAAGAGAAGAAGAAGUACGAGGAGGACGAGACUCCCAACGAGAUCAGGGAGGAUGCAGAGGCUCCAAAGGCUAAGCUGGUCAAGCCCAACUCCUUGUCCUCUUCCCGUUCCGGCAGCUCACGCUCCGGCGCUUCUUCCACCCAGUCCAUGGUGCACAACAGCGUCCAGCGCGGCCAACGUCCCCGCCCACCUGCUGUAGCAGCCCUGAAGGAAAAUGGACAGCCUCCAGGCUUCCCUCAGUCCCCUCCAGCCUACAAUGCAGUGGUGCCCCCCAAGACCCCCGAGCCCCCCAUCACUCCCAAAUUCAACUCUAGGAACAUGUCUGGGCCCACACCCCCAACCCUCAUGGUCCCCGCUCAGACCAAGGCCUUUCAGACUGUGUAGGACUGAAAGCCAAUCACUUCCUGCAGCCAUGUGAGACUACCAUCCCUGCCCAAGCCCCCAAAUCCCCCUCUCAAAGACUCUUCCAUAAAUACAGAAAUGCAAUUAGAUGAAAGGAUGUUACUAAAAGAAUCAAUACGAGAAGUCCAAAAGAACUUUUAAAGAAUGCUUACUUAUUAGGAAAAAUAUGACAUGCUUGCCCUCCGCCCCUCCACCACCUUCACCGAGUUACAAAAAAGACGCAAAACAAGACCUGAGAUGCAACUGUUUGUGUCUCAAAAACAGGCAAAAAAAAAGGGCAGAACUUAUUUUCUGAGUUCCUUCUUUUGGCCUUGUGAGACACAGGGAAGCACCAUGUGCAGAGAGGUGGAAGAGAGGCCCCCUCACCGAGCUUUUAUUUAUUCAUCACAUCAAAGGAAUAAGCAUUCAACAGAGAAAAUGGGGGGAAAAGAGGAGGCUGGCCUAGAAAGUGGACCCAAACUCUACACCAGGUGCUAGUGGAGUUUUUACAGCUGUUGAGCUUUACUUGUAAACUAAUACAAGAUGGAUGCCAACAAGAGAAACACAGAAGAAGAAUGUGCAAGAGCGUCAGAGAGCUAGUCUUUUGUGUUUUGUGUGUGUGGGCCGUGGAGGUAUUGGAGUGAUUCUGUGAUUCAUGUCACUCUGCACCUCCAGCUUACUGCUCCCGCCACCUGCUCUGAAACCACAAACCUCUUUGCCUCCCCUGGCCUCGGCCGACGGUGCCCAUUUAUGUGGACACACACGGUGCGUAUCAUCUGCCUCAGUGCUCUUGGUCUUCUCCGCGUCUCUCACAGAGAGCACUGCCAGAAACCACAGUGGUCCCGAGACUGACUCCGUUUCAUCUGCUUUGCCGUUCAGCAGGGGAAACUUCAGGUACGAGGGUGUGGCGUUGGCAGUGCAGUCAAAUCAGUGGAGUUGUUAACCCCUCCCCACAUCUUCUGUAAACAUCACUUUCUGGUACUGAAUAUAUUCCCUGAAUAGUUAAAUAGUAUAUAUUACGCCUAUAGCGUGUCAUUUAAAUAUAGGGGAUAAGCAUCUAUUAGACCAGCGGGACUUGUUUUGCUUUUGUUUUCAUUUCCCUGUGUUUCUUCUUUCUGAGCAGGUUGGAAAGGGUGAUUGACAGCCAUAUGUCCACUCAUCCAUAUUAAGAAGUGCCACCAAUCCUUAGGAUGGGUUAUUAUUAUUAUUAUUAUUCUUUUUUGUUGUUGUUGUUUUUUUUUACUCAUGCGUUUACCUGCUACAUUUCUUAACCGAAACCAAAAUGGCUCGCCAUGAAUGUGUGAUGUGCAACGAUGGUGGAUGCCGUUACUUUCAGCCUCCUGAGAGGUAAUGAAUCAAUAUUUCAGCUAAGGCACAAAGAAUUGACCUUGACGUUCAAUUUCACGAAUCCUGAAAGCAUGCAUCGAGGAGUAUGAUUCUGGAGACUUUAAUUGUAUCGGGUGUGUAUGGCGUCGUUGUCAGUGCUCUCCCUGGAUCCAUAACAAUGGAGUGGCACUCAAUUGCUGUCUCGCUGAAUCACCGGGCGCGGCGCGGUGAUUGGUUGAGCUGUGCUUUCAGCCAAUGCCCCUUUUUUGUCAUAUCCUGAGACAGACCCAGAGCAGUAUGAUUGAAAGCAGCUGAAAAAGGGCAAGUAGCCUAUCUAGUGUGCCUUUGCAACCCCCCCAUCCCUUAGAUGGUUUCUCUCUUUGUCCUUAUCUACAGCACCCCAGUGAUUACGUCUCUGGUCACAUCCAGUUUUGAGGGUCAAUAGCAGCAAAACACAGAAAAGGUACAAUUUCACGUACUUGCCCGAGUAAUAAUAACCGAUGCAGCCUCGGCAGCACACAGUCAAUUAGCCGUAGUGAGAAAGUGGUCCCAUUUCCCGGGACAAUAUUAUGUAUAUUCUGUAAUCAGUCUUGUUUUAUAUUGUACAUACAGAUAGAUAUACGCACAUGAUGUCAUUUAAUUUGAUAAAUAAGGGUAUGGGGAGGAGAGAUUUCCUCUCUCUAAUGAGUCAAAUGAGAAACCUGGACGUUCAGUUCAACCAUGUAACAGAUGUUGUGUUCUAAGUGAAUUCAUGUAAAGCAUAUAGUAUUAUACCAAAUAGGUGGUUCAAAUGUAGACAAAUGCUCAGUCCAAAGUGAGAUACUGUAUCUUACAACAACAACAAUGAGAUUUAGGGAUUUUAUUGUGAUUGAAAAUA